UCAAGAUAGUCAGGACAAGCGAGCGCUCAAUCGUAUCAUACGCUGGAUUCCCUGAUAACGGUAAUAAGGAAUCGCAUUCUUUACAAGCGGAUCUUAAUCGAAUUAAGUAAUUAAUUGGCCAUUGGUUUGUGGAUAGUGUUUCGGGUGGAAAGUGCUUUUCGAAUGUUUACGGUCGAGUGUUUAGCGCUUCCAAUCGAUUUGAAUCUUGAAAUUUUGUGCAACCUAUGAAAAGGAUUUCAUACGAGGACAAGGAUUUAUUGGUUCAGAAGUGGAAAACAUGUAUCCUUCGGUGUUAAUGUGUUAAAUUUGGAGCUUCGUGGUUUACUUGGCUAUUAGGAAGCUGGUGUGUUGAAACUUUCUCGGUACAUUAUUCUAAUAGCAGACAUACUGAAUUCACUGUGGCCUCUAAAAUCGCUCGGUUUGGCUACGAAGCCUGAAACCGUAGUGUAUCUAAACCGUCGCGGGUUGACUGUCACGCCGGAAGACAGCCCCGCAACCACUCUGACACCGUCCCCUCCGCCACCUUCGGUGUCAUCAAUGGUUGAAACAAGCUCUCCAGUUUUGGGGUCACGUUCUAGCCCUAAUCUCCAUCAAAGCAAUAGUCUAGCGAAUAACAACAAUCACAACAUUAACAGCAUCAGCCACAAUAACAAUAAUCUCAGCCCUGCCGUCUCUCCCAACUAUCUCACGACCGCCAUGCUACUCAAUAGUCAAAGCUGUGGAUAUCUGGGGCAACGUCUUCAACAUGCCUUUCAACAGCAACAACACCAGCUCCAUCAGCAUCAACAACAAUUGGAUGAAGCUAGAUCUGAGACAGAGCUACAGCCGCGAUCUACAACAUCUGCAACGACGCCUACUUCUUUGUUCACAAUCGAUAGCAUCUUGGCACCGAAACCGAAUCAAGCACGACGCUCGGAAAGUCCUGUGUCACCUAGUGGGAGUGCAACUACUAGUCCUGUGAGACCACAACGUGUUCCGGCUAUGUUACAUCAUCCUGGAUUGCAUUUAGGUCAUCUAGCAGCCGCUGCCGCUUCAGGAUUUGCUGCACCGUCGGAUUUUUUAGUUGCCUAUCCAAAUUUCUAUCCAAACUACAUGCAUGCCGCGGCCGUGGCUCAUGUUGCAGCUGCACAAAUGCAAGCGCAUGUUAGUGGUCACGGUGGUUUGGGACAUCAUCAUCAUCAUCAUGGCAGUCACCUUGGUCAUGGACCUCCACCAAAACGAAAACGACGACAUCGAACGAUAUUCACGGAAGAACAAUUAGAACAAUUAGAAGCAACAUUCGAUAAGACACAUUAUCCUGACGUAGUACUACGUGAACAAUUAGCCCUUAAAGUAGACCUUAAAGAGGAACGUGUUGAGGUUUGGUUUAAGAAUCGUCGGGCUAAGUGGCGCAAGCAAAAACGGGAAGAGCAGGAACGAUUACGGAAGCUUCAAGAGGAACAUUCUGGCAAUAUUAAAUGUAGCAACGACGAGUACUCAGCUUCCUUGCAGUCGAUAAAGGCCGAGUCGAAUGGCUACAGUGAUGCUGAAGACUCCUCAGAUUUGGAGGUGGCAUAAAACUACCACUUCCCUAAUUUUCUGUAAAUAUAUUUCAAAAUACUUUACUGGAACAUAAAGAUUUAUCGAGGCAGAGAAAAAAAAAAACAAUCAUUAAGUGGAGAGUCCUUUUGCAAGCCCAUGACCCCAAAAACACGACGGUUAGUCAUUUAUGGAAAUAUCCUUAAAUUUGAGCACAGUGAAAUGUUAUGAAUUUAAUCCAUGUAUGUGAUGUAAUUAGUAUUUAUGAUUUGAAAAUAGGCAGAUAGCGAUGCUUGUAAUGCACGAAUUAAACCUUUGUAAAUAUUAAUAUUUAAAGUCAACUCAGAACACACUUGUAGUAAUCGAGAUAUGUACAAUUUAGUUUUAAAUUUAAGUUAGAUUAAUUGAAAGUAGAUGUAAGCCUUGUAAAAUAAUCUCAGUGU